CAUUAGUCAAUUUUGUCUAUUAAAUUAUUGUUUUUUACGCAACCCCACCUCUACCAGAUCUUUUAAGGCACACGACUAACAAGAAGUUGACGUAGUUAAACGUAGUCAACCGCAGACGAUUAAAAGCAUAAGAAGAGAGUUUCAUUUCCGCCGGAAUAUUUCAUCUCCGGUGUCUUUGUAGUUGUCAAGAAAAUCUUGAAACAAAAGCUAUGCAAGGAGGACGAGUUGGGAUUUUGAAUUUCUGAGUGAUGUCGAGUGCGGUUGACGCUACGGGUAAUCCGAUCCCUACUUCGGCGGUGUUGACGGCAUCGGCGAAGCAUAUAGGUAUGAGGUGUAUGCCAGAGAAUGUUGCGUUCCUCAAAUGCAAGAAGAAUGAUCCAAACCCUGAGAAGUGCCUCGACAAAGGUCGUGACGUCACUCGCUGCGUGCUUGGCUUGCUGAAGGAUCUUCACCAGAAGUGCCAAAAAGAGAUGGAUGAUUAUGUUGGGUGUAUGUAUUACUACACAAACGAGUUUGAUCUGUGUAGGAAAGAGCAAGAAGCCUUCGAGAAAGUGUGCCCCUUGAAAUGAGAAUCACAAGUUGUUAUGUUUUGAUUUGUAUCUCCCUAAUAAAGCAAAAUGUUCAUU